AUGGACGAAAUUGAAAAAGAAAAGAUAGCGGCCCUACCGUCCCAGUUACUAGUCAAUACAAUAUGCCAUCCUAUGGAAUAUGCGAAGGUUCUCAUUCAGCUGGGAUACGAACCUUUGCCACCGCGCCGCUCCACGACUCUGUUCGGUAGGCCUGCUAUGAUAUUACCUAAUGUUUUUCAAUACAUAAAGCACAUUAAGAAGUCAGAUGGUUUCUUUGGGUGUUACCGCGGCUUGUCGGCGAGAGUGCUCGGCCUCGUCGCUUCCAGUCAACUAUCCUCGAAGGUGAUUUAUGCUUGUGGUAUUGACCUUCCUGAAAUCAACGAUCCGCCUAACAUUGUGACUGACGAUGAACCAAAAUUCGAGGACUACUACAAGCUCGCUCGCCGCGACAUGAUUAUGCACACUGCCUCCGUUGUUGUAUCAUACCCUUUCCAUGUGGUCACUGUUAGAAUGAUGGCGUCCUUCGUCGGUAAAGAAGAGGAUUACAGUACGUUAAUAGGAGCUAUCGUUUCCAUAUACAGAGAUGAUGGCGUCCUUGGAUUCUUCCAUGGGAUUGUACCGAAGUUGUUAGGAGAUCUAGUUUGUGUCUCAAUAACAGGAGUAUUGGCCUACUAUGUAAACAAAUAUCUUGUCAAGACUAAAGACUUGAGGUACUAUACUGUACCAUUGCUCACUUUUAUUACCAGUACCUUAACUUAUCCUUUGAUGGUUGUGUCUACUUGUAUGGCUGUUGUGGGCAGCAGCUUAAAGGCAGGAAAUCCACCUGCUAUGCCCAAGUAUCCUUCGUGGCAAUCGUGCUGGAAGGAUCUCGUGAGAAAUAAGCAGCACAAGAGAGGUUCCUCUCUCAUCUUUAGAUACUAUAUCGCUCCGAUCGCAGCGAUGAAGUAA